AUGGAAGAGAGUACAAAUGAUUUGCUAAAGAAGUUGUUGCUUGACAAGCAACAACUUAGGACCGAUUUCAAAAAUCUUGAGAGGCAAAUGGGGCAGUUAGCAACAAAUCAAAAUACUAGACCUGCAGGCGCUCUCCCCAGUGAUACAGAGAAGAACCCUCAAGUGAAAGCAGUUACACUCAGAAACGGGAGGGAACUAGAGGAAGUGCCAAAGAAAAGAAAAGACAAGCCCAUACCUGAGGGAGAGUUGAUUCCUAAAGCGACACACGAAUCAAAGAAUAAGGAUGCAAUUCCAGAGCCAGUAGAGGCUGCAAGGCCACCACCACCUUUCCCCCAGAGAUUCACUUCAAGGGUCCAAAACAAGCUCCCUCAAAAGGUUAAGGAUCCUGGCAGCUUCACCAUCCCGGUGCGAAUUGGUAAUAUUGAUGUGGGUCGUGCUCUUUGCGAUUUAGGGGCGAGCAUAAAUCUGAUGCCCUUAUCCUUGUUCAAGCAAUUGGGUCUGGGAGCUCCAAGACCAACUACUGUGAUGCUGCAGCUGGCUGAUAGGUCGAUAGCACACCCCGAGGGAGUGAUUAAAGAUGUGUUGCUGCAAAUUGGAAAAUUUAUCUUCCCUGCGGACUUUAUUAUCCUAGAUUAUGAGGCUGAUGAACUGGUUCCAAUCAUAUUAGGGCGACCUCUCUUGGCUACUGCUGAUGCAAUUAUUAAAGUAUGA